UCUUAAUGGGAAGGAAGAGGUCCUCAGCAGCUCAUCGUUCGGUGUCUCCAGCCUCAAAUAAGAGAUCGCGUGGGAGGAGUUAUGAUCGUCGGUCUUCCCGGUCCCGGUCGAGAUCCUAUUCAUCGUCGAGGUCUAGGUCCAGAUCGGAGUCGCGGAGGGAUACCCGUCGUGGUGCUCGAGACGAUUACGAUGAAGAGGAGUUCGCUGAGCUCCGCGAAUUUGCUGAGCUCGACCGGCAACACCCCAUAGGGGCUGCCCGCAACAACAAGAAGACCGGGAAGCGGGAUAAUAGGGAGGACUUUGAUGAUUAUGAGGAGUCUGGGCGGUCGAAGGGCCAACAGGGAAAAGAUGAUGAGGAGGAGGAGGAAGAGGAAGAUGAGGACUAUGAGGUUGCUCCUCGACAAAGCGACAUGAACGAGUUAAUGCGGGUCAUGGGUUUCAAGGGUUUCAAUACGACCAAGGGGAGGGAGAAUGCGAAGUACUCCCACCCUGGUGCUAAGAAGAUCACUAAUUAUGAUCGGCCUUACCGACAGUACAUGAAUAGACGCGGUGGGUUCAAUAUGGCUAAGGAUGCUAACGUUAUAUAGUUAUGGAUACACCAUAGGGCGUCUCGAUG